CACAACACCAUGACUAACUUACGCUGGCAAUGCCCUCGUAUGUAUGUGCACAGGUAUAACUGCCCCGGUUUGGAUUUUGGCGUGGAAGCCUUAAGAGGGCAUUCCGCGUGAAGACGAAAUAAGCAAUACAACAGAAGCCCCGGAGCCUUCUGGAUAAUCUCUUCCGAAGUGUCUCUAGCGCUUGCCUCGGGAAGGGUUUGAAAAAACAGCACUUGAUGAAAUUUGUGAAUCAUGGAUCCAACAUUAAAUACAAGCAAAGAAAAUCCUGAAGCUUUAAUGAAGGGAGCUUGCCUGAAGACUAAGACUUCUCCAGUGCAUAACACAUAUGCCCAAGAUGAUGUUAUCACAAGGGAUAAUAUUCAGCCUGAAAUAGGAAAAGAGUCAGCAAUGAAAGAGCUGCUUGUCCAGAUAACAGAUUGGGAUUCACAGACUUUACCUAGCCAGGAUGAAGGAUCUUUGAAACGCUCCCGAUACCGGAUAGGAGGCUCCGCUGAUAAUGUAAUAUCUUUAACCUCCUGUCAAUCUCUCUUGCCUCUUGAAUGGAAGGUUUUGAGAUCUAGUCGGUCACAGGACACACUGGCAUAUUUUUCAGGCAACACUCAAGAAGGCACAGAUGGAGGAUAUAAGCUAACAUCUGACAACAAUCAAGAUAUUGUAGCGGAUAUAAUUGGAGAUGAAGUUGCUUUCAAAGUGUGUCGCCCUGUGCUUAGCCAUAAUCAAAAUGCUGCUUAUACUACACUUUCCAAAACAGCUUUUCCCACAGUACCUAUUGGAUCACCCAGCUCUGAAGAUGUAAACUGUCUAAAGCAGUCUUCUGAUGGGUUGCCGUGCAUGACCAUAUUGUGCCCUAGGACAGAGAAGUGGCUGGAAAUUGGAACACAAGUUAAUCAAGCACAAAGUCCAGCUGUCAAUCAACAGGAUUCAAGUUUGAUCAACCACAUUCGGACGACAGCUGCUUCAUCAAAGAAUUUACAAAAUGCCUCAGCAUCACCAGUCUUGGAAUGCCAUUCUAGUAAUCAUGAGUCAGCAAAGACAGGGGAGUCCCCUGUUUUGUCAGAGUUUCUGCUAAAAUCUCGAAUAGAGAGAAAACAGGAACAUAAUCAACCCAUGAAGAAGAUGCAAACUGAAAGCCAACUGCUUUUACAAGGACAGAGUCUGCAUCUUGCUGAUGAUGCCAUGUUUUAUAGGAAGGAGAAAGAUGUUCUUAAUGAAGAGGAACCCAGUCUCAACCUGCUAAAAUCUGAAUGCAAGUCUCCUAUAAUUCUGCAGCGACUGAUUGUGGAUCUUAAAAGCCAGAUCAACGACCUUCAGGAAGCCAACAAGACUGCUGUCUUAGAACUAGCAAAGGCAGAUGAAGAGAUUUCACAGCUGAAGAAUGGAAUGGCUUGGUUAAAAUCUGACUAUCUACAGCAGUUGGCAGAGUACAAAGAAGAAAACCUUAUUUUGAAGAGAAAGAUCAACAGGAUACAGAACAGAUAUGGUCCAAUAGAUACUUAUGAGCAGGUCCUGCAUGAAGAGAUUUGUGAGCUAAGGGAUGAAUCCAGGAGGCUGAGGGAAAUCAGUCACCACUUGAAUGAGGAGAACCACAGACUGAAAGAAGAACUACGGGAUGUAAAGAGGCAAUAUGAAUGGCUAACUCAUACAAUUACAGGCAAACAGGAUGAAAGGCGGCAUGAACAUUCUAGGAAUAAUACUUCUCCAUCAUCCUUAAACAGUGAGUCUACAGAUGUUCUGAUUGCUGGGUACCAAGACACAGGGCUAGCAAAAGAAACUGGUGGCUUAAAAGGUUCUGAUUACAUGAUAAGGGAAUAA